AUGGCUGCCGAGAGCCGCUCGGCCGUCACUAAUGACUAUCCGGCGCUAGCGGCCGCCGUCACCUGCCGCUCGUGUCCGAUCACUGCGCCCUCCCGACGCCGUGACCUUGUCUCCUUAGCCGAAACGGUGCCGCAGUUGGCCACAGCAAUCGCGAAAUUAACGCCGCCGAUGCGUAUUCGAGGCUGCGUGGGAAAGGCGAGGUCUUCGACCGCUGAGAGGAAGACGGCGAUCACGGUGGUCCGUUGCAACGGCACUUCGUUUCAGUUCACACCCCGGCCAGGGGAGUGGAUCGUUGCGGACACAGCGCGUCUAAUACUGCCGUGUUAU